AACAAAUAUCUGACGUCGGCCAAUGACAACAGAUGUCAAGCUAGCUAACUAGCCCGUCGGAGAGUUGAUCCUGGAAUGUGAGGAUUUAUUCAACUCGUCUCAAAAUAACGUUAAAGAAGACAUUUCAUUGUGCAUUUGUGAAUUUAUCUAAAUUUCAGUUGUUGCUCGUUAAUUUGCUAAUGCUAAUUAGCUGGCAGCCUAGCUAGCUUAACUAUAAAAGUAGUGACGGUAGCUAUUAGCGUACAUUAACUCUAUAUAAUAAAGUAAUAUCUGUUGAACGAGCAUAUUUAAAUAAUGUCUGGACCAAAUGGAGAUCCAAACGUCUCGGUUGACGACGGUAUUAUCAACGACGAAGAUGAUUUCGGCGAUGAAGAAGAGUAUGAGGCCGUCAACUCUAUGCUAGACCAGAUCAACUCCUAUCUUGAUGACCUGGAAGAACGGAAUGAUUCACUUAAUGGCAAAUUGCACGAACUUAUGGAGUCAAACCGGCAAGCCCGGCUGGAGUUCAGGGCCCAACUCUCAGGCCCACCGACCCCCGAGGACCAUUGUCCUGCAGACGGGGACUCCUCCUCACCCAGCAAGGAAGACCUGAACAAGGCCAAUGGAGCUGGCAAAUGAGUGACAAGAGUGAGUAGAUGAGUGGGAUUAAGUUCAGCAAAAUGCAGGGAAAGAAAUAUUUAUGACAGCUGACUCAACUCCCAACCUCAGUCUGUUGGACUAGUGACCCUUGAUCUGCAUAGUCCAUGCCUGUCUGACUUUUCUGAAUUUACACCCCCAUCAGCAGACGUGUACAAGUGAUAUUUGCAUCUCCUCAACCUAGUUUUUCUUUGAACUGUAGUGUGCUAAUGUUUGGUUCCUGAGCUGAUUGGAGUUUAUUUACAUCAAGCAACGUCUUAUUCAGUCAGCUGACAUUACUACAGUAAAAUCAAAGAUUAAAAAGCAAAUUCUAAAGCCAGGAUCACACCAGAAACAUUUUUAAAAGCAGACCAAAAAGGACUGCAUUGUUAAUUUAACAAUGACAGUAACCUGCUCAUACUGCAAGAUCAUGAUUGGAUUUUCCCAGAUUGCUAUAAAAAUUUAACUUGCCGAUAUGCAUGGUGACCCUUCUUAUGUUGAAACACCUCCUGCCUCUGCAUGAUCUCCAGAAUUUGUCCUCAUGGCCAAAAAGCUUUGUAAUAGCUGUACAAGUUUGUGUUAUCCCAAAAAGUAAAUAUGCAACAUUCCAGAUGUAUACCAUUGUAUUAUGUUUGACCUGCAGCAUGACAGAACUGUUAAUUUUCAUGAACCUCUUUGGGAUAAAUGAUGCAGUUUGAAAAGUGUUUGUAUAUGUUAAGUCAAAAUGAAGUCCACAAAGUAUGGGAAUUGUCAGACAUUUUAAUAUAAAUUAAAAUGACCCCAAACGGCAAACAAACAUCCAAAAAUACAUUAAAUGUCCAGCAGUUAGAAAACAUCACCUGUUUGUUCAUCUCAAUUUGUCAGUAGCUGAAUAAAAAUACAAUAAGAAACAUA